GCCAAGUUCACAUUAGCAAGAAGCAAUAAGCAUCUCAGUUGUUUACGAAAUUUCACUCGAAUAUAAUACACAGCUGUUAGUGUUAUGCUUAAUUGUACAAAUGAUGGCGUUAAUAAUUAAAAGUUGGUUUCUAAUAAUUAUCUUAACAUGCUUGGUUAUUUCAAUAAAAGCCAAUCACUUAUUGGUGGACAAAUUACGAAUGGAUUUUAUCAAGUUAGAACAGAAACUGUGGAGUUAUGUGCAGUGGGAAACAUUUUAUAUGCAACAGGAAGAUGUGGAGUUUGAAAUUGUCAAAGCUUUAUACAAUUUUGAUCAAAAUAUGAAGCAGAUGCCGAAAGAUAUACUUAGAGGCACCGAACCUAUAAGGAACAUCCACGCUUUUCUAUUUCUUUAUUCUGAAGUGCUGCACACAGAAAAUUUGUAUGAAAAAUUCAGACAGUAUCAAGAAGACCAAAUGAGAGUCAAUAAUAUUGGAGGGUUUAAAGAUGACAAAAAACGACUCGACCCUGGCAUUGAAACCCAGUUUAUUUUAAAAGAUAUUUUAAAUCGUAAUACUGGGGCAAAUGUGACGGUGAAUAAAGUUUACAAUUUGACUUUUGGCAGUGAGAAUAUGGUAAUGGAGAUCGUCGAUCUAAUAUUGAACGAUUAUUAUUGUAAAGGCUACAACCAAUCGCCCCAACAAGUGUUCUAUAAUUUAUACAAUGUCCUUGCUCUGAACGGCCUGAAAAGUUACAUUAUGUUGCAGUUUGCUUAUUUGGCUCAGAAAAUUUCGGAUAAAGGAGGCAAUUCUACAGAUUUAUCUGAAAUAGCAAGGGUGCAGUUUGAAAAACGUGUUAACGAAACCAUGUCGGUUUUCAGAGGAGCCAUGGAAAUAGCUCCAAUGCAUUAUUGGAAAUGUGAUCCGAAGGAACAAAUUAAAGGAAAAACCUAUGAAGAAUUCACAAGGCUCCUCCAAGGCCACAUCCAGAACGAAGUGGACAUGAACAACGGAGGAACCUGUCGCGAAUCAUGCGACUCAUACCCAACAACCAAAAAUCAUGGUUGCUACGAUGGCGACAGCAAAUAUUGCAGAGAAAUCGAACGUUGUAAUGGGCAAAUCAUAAAAUGCCGUUUUGUAGAGAGUCACAUGGAGAUUUGCCCAUCUCAAAAUCCUUUAAGACGGUACGACCACAUAGUCUAUGAAAGUGGCAAAACUUAUGGAGAAUAUAAAACCUGCUGGAAGAAACCCGUAAACAGCUGGUGGAGAUGGUUUGUACACUGUUCGUACUGUCUUUGUUUAUGCGACGAACAAGGACCAAAGUCUGACAGAUACAUUAGCAUGAGACCAGUAUUGGCCGAUAUUAAAAAUAACAGGGUUGUGACGGGCAUUAAGUUUACAAAACACAACAGAAUAUUGCACUUGCAAAUCCAAGAAGGCAAACUGAUGCCUUAUGGUUACAUCGACAAUACUACAGUCAGAUGGGCACCAGUGGACAAUUAUAAAAUUACAGAUCCGGAUGUUUAUAAUGAAAUCGACUAUUUUACUUUGACAUAUGAGAACCGCUCUAUGGCUUUGGAUGAUAUUGAGUUAGAAAAACACAAUUCUAUUUUGACAGGUGUGCGUUUUCAAUUUAUCAAUGGCAAGUUACGUUUGCAAGUACACUACAGCACAUUUGACUGGGAAACUGGACGUCUAUCCCCAGAACAGGGGACUUAUAUCUAUCAAAAACUUGGAGGAAGAAAAGAAAUUGAUUUAUCAAAAGUCGACGUCCCAACCAAGUCGCCUAAAAAUCAUCAAAGCCAAAUGAACGUCAAUGACGACUCAUACAUAAAAUUUACUAAUACGGCCUUUGAAUUGGAUGCUGCCCAAACAACUGUACCAUUUCUGGACAUGCAACCUGUCACAAAUGAACCCGCCGUACCAUUAAUGGGAGCUGGAAUUUAUUAUAAAAAUCUGGAAAAUUAUGGAGGCUAUAUUGCUCCGAAAAUAAUGACCUACGAUUAUAGCCAACUUAUUCUGGUGAGAUUUCCGAGAAUCGACGUGAAGGGUAGCGUUAGGGAAAUUGAUGUAGCACCUAAUUAGAUUUUUACUGAAAAUAAAUUGAGAUUUAUCUAUUAGUAGGUUUUGUUCGAGAAUAUCCUUGGCAAACUUUAUUAAACCUAAAAAUAUUGAUGCAUCGUAAAAUUAUUUAGUUUG